AUGUUACUCACUCGGCUCUCGAUUAAAUUCGCCCAACUCUCGCCUGCCGAACUGGAUAUUGUCUACAUCGAGGAGGCCAUAGCGUCUCCCGAAAAUAGAAACGAGGAAGCAAGACUCUCAAUUAACAAAGGACAAGAAAAGAUCUACCUCCUGAGAUCUGGGAUAGGCGAGUUAUUUCUUCGCCCGGAGCGGCCGAUCGCGCCGCUUUACGGAAAGCCUCAUGUCGGCACUGGAAUUGCGUUUGGGAAUCUCACAGACACCAUCAGCCCGCCGAUGGGAGCGCACAAGGGCAAAUUGAACCUAGGUAGUCUGAUGCACUGGCUGGGAAUGAGCGGACUUCUCGCGAAGACUGGAAUCAACCGCCAGCUAAAUGACGACCUCCCAAAGCGAUAG